CAUUUUUCUUCAAUUGUCUGAAGUUUAUUUUCCCUUAUUUCAUUAUCAGCUUCUUCCCUUUCCACCUUCUUGAUCUGUUGUUCCUUAUCAUUUUCCACCAAUCUAUUCAGGUAUGAAUGCAACUCAAUUUCCUGGGCAAUCCGUUUUUCUUCCUGCACUGAAAACCGUUUUUUCCUGGCUGCUCUCAGCUGUGAAGCUAUGUCAUCUCCGAAAUUGAGUUUCUGUUCUUUUGCCAAAUCAGCAGCUGAAUCAUGAAGCUAAUACAAUUUGGAAUUAAUAGAUUUUUCACCUUGCCUACCUCUUUGCAAAUGUUUGAUAGCCUCAUCAUAGUUGUCGUUUUCUAGAAGUGCUUGCCCUAGAAAGAAAUGGCCUUUAACCAUAUUGGGCUCCAUGUCUAGGGCCCUUCGGCAAUCCGUACAUGCUUGUUCCCACCUUGAUAGUUUCACAUGACAGAGUGCUCGGUUUGUGAAAUAAUGAGCCACAUCUGGAUUCUUUAUCUACAACGCCAAUGAUCUGAAUAUGAUGAGGAUAUCAAUUCUGAUACUUACUAUGGCUUUCGUGUAACAAGUGAUGGCAUCCUCAUAUUUUCUCAAGCUAAAUAAACGAUUUCCUUGUUCUUUCAGUUCCUUGUCCGAUAGGUUUGCGGUAGAAUACAUGUGUUUACUCAUUUUCUUUUGUUGUGACUAAUCCCGCUUUGGAGACCAUUAAAAAAUCAUUUCCAAAAAAUUUUGUUUAUAAAUAUUUAUUGUUUACUUUUUAUUAUGGGCCUGUCUAAUCCACCAGCGCGCGGAUGUAUAUUCAAAAGAGGUUAUGUUUAAAUGUACAUGUACCGUACACAUAAAAAUCAUGGGUGGAGUUUUUCAUUCCAAUAUUUUGUCAUGCGCAUUAAUCGAAAAAACCAUCAAACUGUUGCAAAAUUCCGCAGAAAUGCUGAUGGAAAUCUCUAAAACUUUUGUUAUAAAAAGCGCACUUUCAUUGUGAUUUGAGAGUAUCCAGCGGUUUGGAGGAGAUUAACAUGACAAUUGGUAUAUACAUCAUAGUAUUGUUCUUGGUUUUGAUUCGAUGAAAAAUGUUGAAGAUUUUUGAGAUUCUAGAGAUUAUAGAAGAUGAAGUUAGUGUUUAUCUAUAAAAUCGUACCAGCCUCUUCUGAUUCAGAAUAAGAUACAUGAGAUUUUACAUUCUCUUUUAUGGAAAUUGAUAUAUUAUGACACAACGAAAUCCAAUUUUCCAUGAAUGUGUUGUGUAUUCCAUUGCAGCAUCGGUUCCAUCAUGAAUUCCAGCAGAAAAUUGGCGCAUCAAUCAGUGAUGAGGACUGUAAACUCAUUUCGAUGGAAUGUUGAUCAUACGAAUCACAUCCCAUGCUUAUCCGCACUCAACAAUUCUUCUUCUUUGUUCAUCACAUGAUAGAUAUAAAGUGAGUGCACAAUUUCAGCCGAGUGCAAAUCCAAAUCGUAAGGUAGGUAUUUAUUUUAUAAUAAUAUAAUUAUACUGUGCUUCUCAAAAGUGCCCUCCCCCCCUCUUAUCUUCGGAACGAUUAUACAUACACAAGUGAAAUUUGGAAACUGAAUAUCAAAGGUUGUGAACUUCCCUACCAGUGAUGAUAGAUGACGAAAUCGUCAAAGAUGACGUCACCAGGCCAUUGUGACCAAUAAUUUUGAAUGGAACCUCACGGCAAGCGACACCACUUUCAAUUGGUAGCGAAAAAAAAAUUAAAUGAUACUAAUUUUGUUUGGGGUUUUUGGCAGUUCUGGCAACUCGUUUUCAAAAAACGCAAUACUGUGAUGAAUUGAAUCAGUUGAUACUAAAAUUCAAAAUUCAAACUCCGCCAAAUAACCUGACAUUUUUGUUAGUCUCCCUAAUUCGACGUUUUUAUAAUUGUCCAUAUUUUGAAUUUGUGUAGGGGAGGGGACUUUUGAGAAGCAAUGUGGAAUUAUCAUUUGAGAUCUUCUUCUAUAGAUGUUCAUUAUUGUAUUUUAUUUGAACAGGAGUGAUACAACGUUCCAGCGGUCAUUAUUGGAACCUCCCAUAAAUGUGAUUAGAUAGAUUUUUCUACAGUCAUCCUGUUUCAUCAAAACAUUUGAAAUUUUUUUGUCAUAUUUUUUGACAUCAAGUCAAAUACUAUACCAAUAACAUUUAUUUUUCAUUUGUGGAAAAUGGAAGAAAUAGAAAACUACACUUUCGAAGAAGAAGCUCGUAUAGUUCAGUCUGCAACAAAAAGAAAACAAGAAAAGCGAGAACACCACAAACUAAAAGAGAAACAGUUUCUAAUUCGUAGUAAUUCCAUUCAGCAAUAUUUCAUAAGAUUGUCUUCCGGCCACAAAAAGACAUUCAUUCUGAGAUUGAUGAGACAAAUAAGGAGUUUGACCAGCGUAUUGGAAAUUUUACACGUUAUGUCACUCGGGCAUGCGAAAAUUACAAUUUAUGCCGAUAUCGAUCCCGAAACAACUUUCAUACACGACAAAUUGGUGCUAGAUCAUGAUAGAAUGUUGGACCAGAAAGUUCUAAAAGAAACCAUGGAUACCGAUACAGCUUGGUUCGCAUCCCUAGACGAUUCCUAUCAAAUCACAUUAGUGACAAAUCUGAUACGGCUGUCUGCAGGCGUCGUAAAAAGAAAACUGUAUCUGGCCAUAUUCCAUAUCUAUUACCUCAAACUGAAGCAAUUUCGGCAAUCUCAACAAGAAUUCGCGAUCAAACAGUUUUCUAACAGCGAACUUCAGGCCGCCAAUCUAUUAACGCCUGAAGAUGAGGACGAGUCCGAAUACGAUCCGAAACACCCAGCGACACUAGAAGUCGAGAAGCAACGUAAAAAGUGGGACGAUAUGAUAUCGAAGUAUAGAUCGGAAGUGGAACUAGCUAGACUCGAACAAAAAGAAUUCAUACAGCCGGAUUCUAAGAAGAAACUCGUCAAAAAUCAAGCUGAAGUUGUUGAUGGGAAGUCGAAGAAAGAGAAAAAACAGGAUACAAAGAAUACUGUUGAAGAAUUGGAUUUGAUUCAGUUACUGCCGAUAUGGGUGGUGAAAAAAAUUUUUCGCUAUCUGGACGAAAAAACAUUGAUAUCCCUGAAGAAAGUCAACAAUUAUUGGUCUUUUACGGUUCAAGAGCUGCUCAAAGAGAUCAAGGCGAGGGAGCAUCUCGACAAUUAUUUGAAUGUUUUGAAGUCUCGUAUCGAACCGGAAAAAUUCGAGAAAGCUCUUAAAACGUUCAGCGAUGAAAUGUCCUCGAAAAAACCGAUGGAGAAAACGAAGGGGAUUUAUUAUGAAAUAGGCGCAAUUCCUGAAAAAAUCGUUCCAAAAUAUAAAAAGAAUUUGGCAGAAACAUCAUUAAUAUCAGAUUUUGUGAAACAGGAUAAUAUGUUUUCGACUGGCGAUUUGGUAUCUUUCCCACGGCUCAUCAAGAAAGACAUCGAAGCAUACAGGCAUCACGCGUGCUUUUUGCAGGAUGUGAACGUCAGAUUUGACGUAGAACAUGAGUUGGAAAGACAACGAUCAUUUUUGACCUAUUCGCUAACAAGUCUAGUAACAAGUUUGACAAUAGACGUCAAUGAGGAAGACUUGAGCGAUUGGUGAAAUCUCACGAAAGUUUUCAUGCAUUCAAGAUUCUGCAAUGUCAAAUAGAAUAUCGACAAUAAAAAAUUAUUGACAAAAAUCGAAAUCUUUUAUAAGGCAAGAUAUGAUAACCAUGGGCAAAUUUAUAUAAAAAAUUCCUACCUAACCUAGUCGCGUCGUUCGUGUCAACGGCAGUCGCGUGCGGGAAAGAAUCACUCCGCACUUGUUAGAAAAAUUACUAUUCUUUCACUUUAUCCAAUACCACAGUUUACUCGUGUAUCUCCCCACUUCAAUAUCCACUGCAUUCAUUUUUAAUUUGGUUGUUCCCACUAUAUCCUCCAUUUUUCACAUUCAUCAAUUAUUGUUAACAAAAAUUCAAGUUUAUAACUUUAACCAUCACCACCACCAACUAUGGAGUUUGUAAAUCCUAGGGCAAGUAAGGGAGGUGUGCCCAAACGGAAAUGACGUCACGGUUAAACACAGUAAAAUGGGAUUAUCAGCUUCAACCAUGACGGGUAAUGUGAAUGAAAUAUACCUUAUGGAUGGUCCACCAAACCGCGCCACUGAAACGUGAGGUCGGUGAGGUCAAAGUUGGUAGAAUAACCUGAUAAAUAUAAUAAAUAAAUAUAAAUUUUUCUUUUCGAGUCGUUCGGUCGUUGGCCUCUUCCUAAGAUAUCUUCUUCUCCGUCAAUGUAAGAAUUGGUCGUAAAGUUCCACAUUGAGACUAUUAAGAAGCGUAAGUCUUUCCAUAACUUGAUGUUUUCUAUUUGUUCAAAUAUUCAACAUGUGUUUUUCGAAUGAAUAUUCUGGAUAAAACAGGCCAUAAGCCUUUAGGGCUAUCCGGCAUCAUUUUGGGAUUUUCGACUUCAACAUUGAUCUCAUCCUCAUGUUUUAGUUGCGCCAACUGGUAAGAUUGGAAUUGAAAAUGUUAGCCCCAAUUGAAUCAAUCCAUCAGCCAUUCUUCUUAUUCUUCUUCUUAUAAAAUAUUUGAUGAACUGACCAGAUUUGAUACAAAUUGGCUAAACAAAAUUAGAGUUCCGAAUCUGUGGACUGACAUUUUCAAAAAAGAACCAGAUUUGCCACAACAUAACUAAAACAUCUCAUGAAAAAAUUCCCUUCAAAUUCAACAGUCUUCAAAAAUUGUUUCAACAGUAUAUUAAAAUAUCCAGAAUUGUUUCAAACUGUCAGUUUGUAAUAGGUAUAUAGUGGUUGGUUAAUAACAGAAAACAACUCAUCAGAAAAAUUCGUCACACUCUUCAACAACUUUCGGACAAUAUUUUCUGGCAAAAUACAGAUAUGGAACAUUGGAUGUUAAAGGGAUUUUAGUAUCUACACUGUGUUUGUUCCACACAUGGAUAGCAUAACUAUUAUUUGAUAAAUUGAUCACAGCUUCCUUAUUCUCCUCAUUGAAGUACAUUGUCCAAUUCCACCAAGGCACAGCAUAAAACCGAUCUGGAGGGUACACUGUGAAUCCUUGACAGUCUUUAUUUAUCAUAUCUUUAGCCAAUUUCGUCCCACAAAUUACUUUCAAUAAU